AGACAGUGGAUGUGUCAAGAAGCCCUGUAUAGGCUUUCGCUUUUGUUAAAUUUUCAGGGAAUCAUGAUCAACCUGUGAAGUGUGCGGCUUUUCCAUAUCUGGGUUCAUGGGUUUUUCAGGGUUUAUCAAAGGGUUUAGUGGUUUCUACAGAAAUAAACCCAGAAUCAAACCAUACCCAUUUGGCUAUUAUAAAAGCAGAGCAUCAUCGCACUCCUAUAAUUUCAAUGCUGAUGAUUCAAUACUUCCAGUCUUGAUCGUUGGUGCAGGACCUGUGGGUCUCGUUCUCUCUAUACUUCUAACCAAAUUAGGGGUCAAAUGUGCCAUUUUGGAGAAAAGCAAGGCAUUUUCAAGCCACCCCCAAGCACAUUUUAUCAACAACCGGUCUAUGGAGGUGUUUCGCAAGUUGGAUGGCCUUGCAGAGGAGAUCCGGAGCUCACAACCACCAGUAGAAUUGUGGAGGAAGUUCAUAUAUUGUACUUCACUAACUGGUUCAAUUAUUGGCUCAGUUGAUCACAUGCAACCUCAAGAUUUUGAAAAAGUCAUCAGCCCAGUAUCUGUUGCGCACUUUUCACAGUAUAAAUUAAGUAGGUUAUUGCUUAAGAAGCUAGAAGAUCUCAACUUCCAUGUUCAUAGACCUGAAAGCCAGGAAGACCUUGAUAGUGGCCCCCUAAAGGGAGGAGAAUUAUUGAUGGGGCAUGAAUGUAUAUCAAUCAAUGCCACUGAUCAGUCUAUAACUGCAACUGCCUCUCAUAUUGUGGAAGGGAAGUACAUGGAGAGAAAUAUCGAUUGCAGUAUUCUUGUUGGUACAGAUGGUGCUGGAAGUACCAUUCGGAACCUUGUAGGGAUAGAGCUGAGAGGUGAAAAAGACCUGCAAAGGCUUCUUAGCAUUCAUUUUUUUAGCAGAGACCUUGGUCAAUACUUGCUCAACGAGAGACCUGGAAUGUUGUUCUUUAUUUUCAACACUGAAGCUAUUGGGGUCCUUGUUGCACAUGAUCUCAAGCAAGGAGAAUUCAUUUUGCAGGUUCCCUUUUAUCCUCCUCAGCAGAAUGUGGAUGAUUUUAACCUAGAGAUAUGCGAGAAAUUAAUUUUCAAAUUGGUUGGUCGAGAGCUUUUGGACAUUGAUGUAAUUGAAAUUAAGCCAUGGGUGAUGCAUGCUGAAGUUGCUGAGAAGUUUGUGAACUGUGACAAUCGAAUAAUACUCGCUGGUGAUGCUGCUCAUCGGUUUCCUCCAGCUGGUGGUUUUGGAAUGAAUACUGGCAUUCAGGAUGUUCAUAAUCUUGCCUGGAAAAUAGCUUCUGUCAUGAAGGGUAUUGCACCAUCUUCAAUAAUCCGUACUUAUGAAAUGGAACGUAGACCGAUUGCAAUUUUUAAUACAGCACUUAGCGUCCAAAACUUUAAAGCAGCCAUGGCAGUUCCUGCUGCACUUGGUCUUGAUCCAUCUAUUGCAAAUUCUGUGCAUCAAGUUAUUAAUGAUGGGGUUGCCUCCAUUUUACCAUCUGGUAUACAAAAGGCAAUUUUGGAUGGGAUUUUCACAAUAGGUCGUGCACAGCUCUCUGAAUCUCUACUAAAUGAAAAAAACCCACUUGGGUCUUCAAGGCUUGCCAAAGUAAGGCGUAUAUUUGAAGAAGGAAAGAGCCUUCAGCUCCAGUUUCCUGCUGAGGAUCUUGGUUUCAGGUACCAUGAAGGAGCAGUUAUUCCUGAUAAUGAUAGCAUGGUGGGUGUUCUGGAACCUCCUACUGGUCGUCGGAGGGACUAUAUUCCUUCUGCAAACCCAGGGUCAAGGCUGCCCCAUAUGGAUGUGCGGAUAUCAUCAAAUUUAUCAAGUGAGGUGACUGUUUCUACACUUGAUCUUUUGUGUGGGGAUAGAGUUGAAUUCCUUCUCAUUGUAGCUCCACUUGAAGAGUCCUACCAACUUGCACGUGCUGCAUUCAAGGUGGCUGAGGAAUUCAAAGUUUCUGUUAAAGUUUGUGUAUUGUGGCCUGCUGACUCUCUUGAUGAAUUUGAAGCAAGGAGUAAGAAAGCAUUGACACCAUGGAAAAACUAUAUAGAUGUUGUGGAGGUUAGGAAACCAUCAAAUCCAUCAUCAUGGUGGAGUAUUUGUCAGAUGACUGACAAAGGAGCAAUUUUAGUGAGGCCAGAUGAGCACAUUGCUUGGUGUGUGAAAUCAGGUGUUGACAAGGAUCCUGUUUCAGAGAUGACAAGGGUUUUUACUGCUAUACUGGGGGUGAAAUAACCAACAAAAUAAGAGACCAUACUCUUACGGAAGUCUACUUGUGUGUUUUUCAAGAGCAAUCUUCCUUACAGGGAGUAAUUUCAUGGAUGCUACAUAUGAUUUCAAAUUGGCAUGAAAAUUCUUUCUAGACCAUUGGAAAGAAGUAGAUUAUAUGUAGAAUUUCAUGACAUAAUAUUAUUUAUUUGCAAAUCACCAUGGUGUGAACAUUAGAAUUUUGCCUGGUUAGAAUUAGAAUUUUUAGCAAUUAUGUGUGUACAAAGGCAGUUCAAUGUGUUUUUAUGCUCUUGUCAUGUAUUGCAGUGAUCUACUUUGCGUACUGGGCAAAUCACAUGCUAUGCAAGGGUUCGGCACAUGCAUUGCCUGGUAGGACUUAGAUAAUUUAGAGAGUCAGUGCAGUCAGUCAGUGCAGUCGUGCUUUAUCAUCAUGUAUAUAAAUAUAAGGAAGAUUUACAGGCACUUUGAGAUCUUCUUGAAUUAGCUUUUCAGAUUUGACAAUUAGGUCUCUUGUGAAGACAUUUCGGUGCAGUUACCUACUUUAGAAUUGCAUUGCUAUGGUGGUGUAUACUGGGAGUGACAAUGGUGAAAUAACAUAUUGCUCAUUUACUCUUGUUGCAACA